CUCCUUCAUAACCUCUUCUCCUUCCCAAGCAACCCAUCACCAUGAAGGCUGUCUUCGUCCUCGCCCUCUGCAUCGCCGCCGCCUCCGCCCGCUCCGCCUACCAGCUUCCUUCGGGCGUGGAGCUCCUGAGGUCGCAGGUGAUCACCUCCUUCUCCUGCGCCGGCCGCCCCUACGGCUACUUCGCCGACGUGGCCAACGACUGCGCCAUCUUCCACGUCUGCUACCCCGUCAACGAUGAGCUGGGCAACAUCAUCGAAGAGGCCCAGUUCUCGUUCGUGUGCGGCAACCAGACCGUGUUCAGCCAGGAGUCCCUCACCUGCGCCCACCCCGAGGAGGCCUUCCCCUGCGACCAGGCCGAGACCCUCUACGACCUCUCCAACGCCGACUUCGGCAAGAUCCCCGAGGACUUCUAACGACCUCGUCCUCGUCAGCCUCACCAUCGAAGACGCGCCGUAGACUAACGAUUAUGCGCCUGUCGAUUCACGCGCACACGAAAAAAAAAUCUCAUUGCCUUGGUUUAGCGUGAGGACGCUAAGCUUCCGGCAAUGUCUUUUGAACAUAAUUUCCUUAUGUCUUUCUUCUCAGUAAACACCGAGUCUUGCUUUUGAGCUCGGAGACUACAUAGUUCCCUUUGUCCAGUAGACCUGGGCUUCUGUACCCCUUGGCGGCCGGCAGUUGACCUGUUCACCGCAGGGUAAUAGACGACAAAUGAACCUGA